AUGUCCGAGAUAUUUUUAUCGCAAGCCUAUGGAGGGUGUAUUUGUGGUCUCAGCACCAUGGCACAUCUUCAUAAUUUAUUUGCCUCGAUAUCAUUAUAUAACUUUCGACAGGCAAAUUUGUCAAAUGUUUUGAAAAUAUUAUUUAAUUUCGGAGGGUCACUACAAGCGAUAUGUCAGUUUUGGGCUUUGAUGGUACCACUUGAUGUGACGAUGAACGAAUGUUUUGCAUUAUCAUAUAUAGCGAUUGCAGGAGGUUUUAUUCAUAGAACUGCAUUGCAAGGAUUUUUACUAUGGCGACUAAAAAUUGUCGGUGAUAAAAAAUUGGAUUUAUGGAUUGGCAUCGUGCUGUUUGCUGCAAGAAAUUCUUUUCAUUUUUCAGAAUUUUUUACAAUGAGACCAGUGGUGCUUUAUGAACCUGAAGGAUUUUGCUGGACUGGAGCUGAUGCAGCCCGGGUAUCAGUGGCAGGAUAUUUAUUCACUGAUUUACUGAUUGAGAUUUAUGUAACAACUCGAUUUGUGCAAAUUUUAACCAAAGCAAAUAAAAAUGUAUCAAUGUUUAUGUCGGGAAAAUCAAAAAGAACAAAAAGAACGUUUGGAUUCAUAAGAAAUAUUGAUGAAAAUGUGGGGAUUUUUAUAAAAUCUACAGAGAUUUCACUUUUGAUAAUAUUGUCAUAUGCAAUUACUAUUGAUACGGAGAUAGUGAAAAUAAUUGAAGGUGGAAAAAUCGUUCCCAAAACAUCAAAUAAUAAUCCUAGAUCUGAGAAAACAUUCAAAGAUACCCCACAAUCUCCUAAAAAUGCACAUGCUUCUAACCAAAAUCAUCAAACAUCCCUAUCAUCAUCUAGUAAAACUUUGAUGAUUGAGUUAUUUGAUAGUGAUACAAACAUCACUAAAGAAAAAAAUCAAGGUCUGUCAGUUAAGAGAAAUUCAUCAUUUUACGAGUGGGCUGAAAGUGUGACAAGUGAAAAAUUUGUCAAUGAAUUGGAUAAUUUAUUAUUAACAGUAAAUAAAGUUGAAAUAAUAGAAUAA